AUGGCAUAUAUAGCGCCUAUUCACCGCCCGAAUAGCGUCCGACAUGCCCUACGCGCAACACUGUUUCCCGACGACGAGGACGACUGCAUCGUCCUAGCCAAAGCCAACCGGCUGGAGAUAUGGAAGCUUGAAGGGACUGGUGCCUUGGUGCACACAGACACCAACGCCGUCCACGGAACCAUUUCCAUGCUGCAAAGCCUACGACCACGAGAUGCCGACACCGAUCUACUCUUUGUCGGAACCGACAGAUUCCAAUACUUCACCGUCGGCUGGGAUGCGUCCACACAGAGACUCGACACCGUGGAGAUGUUCUACGACGUCAACGAGAAGCACAUGCGGGAUUCCCUAAGCCAGGACAAAUGCAUAGUCGACCCCACCGGCCAGUUCAUGGUCGUGCUCUUGUGGGAAGGCGUGAUUAAUGUUCUGCGCAUGCACAGAGUCAAAAGCAAGAGACAUAAUCUUAAUUGGAUGGAUCAAAUACGCAUAUCCGAACUCUUCAUCAAAUGCGCGAGCUUCCUGCACGUCGAAACUGGCCAUCCAAAGGUCGCCUUCCUCUACCAGACCCGAACCGAGAACGCCGACUGCCAUCUCGUCACAUACCGCCUUACCUCUGACGACAAAAAUACCGAGGUAUCUAGGUUUGAAGUGCGAGACCAGAUCGACCGUAUGGAGAUUCAAGACCCUGGCUCAGCGAUUCUGAUACCUGUCAGUAAGGGCGAGGAGGAUUCGAAGCGUUACUUAAGCCGAAACGCCUCGUCUGCACGUGCUCAGCUGGGCGGUUUAAUUGUUGUAGGCGAGACUAGGUUGCUGUACUACGACGAUGCUGCGAAGAAGUUGGUCGAGACGCCACUGGCUGAAGCAUCUAUCUUUGUUGCCUGGGCCGAGUUCGAUGCCUCGCACUACUUGGUUGGAGACGACUAUGGCAACAUGUGGUUGCUUGAAAUUCUCCUCGACGGCGUUGUGGUCACCGGAAUGGAGAUGAAGAAGAUCGGCACGACCUCGCGGGCCAGUAGUCUCGUUUACAUGGGCAACAAUGUCCUUUUUGUCGGGUCGCACCAUGGCGACUCUCAAGUAUUCCACAUCAAUAUCGACCAAGCUUCUUUGGAGCUGGUUCAGACAUUGCACAACAUUGCGCCUAUAUUAGACCUCAACGUGAUGGACAUGGGUAACCGCGAGGGAGAAGGUCAGACUUCCAACGAGUACUCUUCAGGCCAGGCAAGAAUCGUCACCGGCAGUGGCGUUCAUAAAGAUGGCAGUCUACGAAGCGUUCGAAGUGGUGUUGGACUGGAUGAUGUUGGGAUUUUGGCCACCAUGGAAAAUGUGCGGGCGCUUUUUUCUAUACGCUCCCACGGGGCGUCGAAACCAGAUACGUUGGUCAUAUCCUUCUUGACUGAAACGAGAAUUUUCUCGUUUGACCCGACGGGCGAGAUUGAGGAAGUAGACCCGGCCGGGGCAUCGAAGAUUGUGGAAAGAUUCGAAAGUGUGGUUUUUGAGGAACAGACCUUGCUAGCGCAGGACCUCUCGGACGGACGGCUCCUGCAAGUUACACCAAGCGGCGUAUUGUUGAUCGACUCUGAAAGUGGUGCUCCAUUGUUGACUUGGAAACCAGAACAAGGACAGAUCACGAGCGUGUCAGCAAGCGACGAGUGGAUUUUGCUUGCGGUCGAUGGUAGAUUUCUUUUGUCAUUGCAGAUACCGCGGGAUAAUAUCGAAUGGCUUGAGCACAAAGACCUUGGAGACGCGGAUCAGGUUGCCUGUGUGCAUCUGCCUCCGCAAUACCCUCACAUUGGCGUCGUCGGGUUCUGGAAGUCGGGGACGAUAUCGAUCCUUGACAUCAAGACCUUGCAAUCCAUGCACGGUGAGAGCCUACGCCGGAGGGACGACAACGCAUCGAUACCACGAGAUAUUGCGCUUGCACAGGUCCUCCCGCCUCAGCUUGGUGGACCUACACUGUUCGUGUCGAUGGAAGAUGGGUUUGUCAUCACCUUCAACGUCUCCAACGCCGACUUCUCUCUUUCCGGCCGGAAAAGCGUCGUUCUAGGGACGCAACACGCCCGGCUGCACUUGCUCCCACAACCUAAUGGAGUUUACAACAUCUUUUCUACAAGCGAACAUCCCAGCUUGAUAUAUGGAACAGAGGGCAGAAUCGUAUAUUCAGCAAUAACAGCCGAGGAUGCGACGUGUGUUUGCCCGUUCGACGCUGAGGCAUUUCCGGGAUCCAUCGUUGUUGCGACCGAAAAGGAGGUCAAGAUAUCCGUGAUUGAUACUCAGCGCCGAACGCAUGUGAACAGUUUACCCAUGGGCGAAACAGUGCGACGAAUAGCAUACUCUCGUGUAGAGCGAGCCUUUGGUCUGGGUUGCUUCUACAGAGAAGUAAGGGAUAAUGAGGAGAUAAUCACCAGUUCGUUCAAGUUGGUGGACGAAGUUGUGUUCAAGCAGCUCGGCAGCGAUUUCGUUUUGGACAGUUCACCUCGUAUCGAGAUGGUGGAGGCCGUCGUUCGAGCGGAAUUGCCAGAUUCUUACGGAGGCCGAGCUGAACGGUUCAUCGUCGGUACUACUUAUAUGGACGAUCAGACCAUUGCCGCAACGCAGGAGGAUGUACGAGGACGAAUACUAGUUCUGGGCAUCGACAACGAAAGGGUGCCAUAUCUGAUUGCCAGCCGGAAUCUGAAGGGUUCCUGCAGAUCUCUAGCGGUCAUGGAUGACAACAUUAUUGCGGCGUUGGCAAAGACGGUUGUCAUGUACUCAUACAACGAGACGUCUACGACCACUGCAGAGAUCAAGAAGAUGGCCUCAUACCGGCCAGCGACUUAUCCUGUCGACCUGGUCGUUGAAGGCAAUAUCAUCGCCGUGGCAGACCUGAUGAAAUCGAUGACUCUUGUUGAAUACACACCAGCUGCUGAUGGUCAACCAGCAAAGCUUGUGGAAGUAUCGAGACACUACCAAUCCGUCUGGGCCACUUCGGUGUGUCAUAUUGAUGGGCACACGUGGUUAGAAUCAGACACUGUGGGGAACUUGCUGGUGCUUCGGAGGAAUUUGGACGGCGUGACUCUAGAGGACAAGCGAAAGAUGGAGGUGACGAGUGAGAUCAACCUCGGGGAGAUGGUAAACAAGAUGCGCAAGAUCACGGUGGAUGCAAGCGAGAAUGCGGUUAUAAUACCACGAGCAUUCCUCGGCACGGUCGAGGGAGGCGUUUAUAUGUUUGCCACGAUCUCGCCUAAUUCCCAGGAUCUGCUUAUCCGGUUCCAGAACAGGCUCGCUGACGUGGUUCAGACCACGGGCGACAUCAAAUUCUCCCAGUACCGAUCCUUCCGGAACGAGGAACGCGAGUCGGACGGCCCGUUCCGCUUUGUUGAUGGAGAAAUGGUCGAGCGGUUCCUGGAGAUGGACGAUGAGACACAAGAAGAGAUAUGUCAGGGCCUGGGACCUGACGUUGAAAGCAUGCGGAAUCUGGUGGAGGAGCUGAAACGGAUGCACUAG